AUGGCCCUCAUGACCCUGCUUUUAACCUGCUCUGCUGGCGCGGCGAGCCACGUCCUCUACUUCCACCGUUUCGAAUGUCAUAUGCACGCUACCAAAUAUCUCAAUGUCCUUCUCCUUGUCUUCGUGGCCAACGUAAUAGUCCUCACCAAAGCUUACAACGUUUCCCUCGUCCCGGCCAUCACCACGACAACAGCGCCACUCCUGUCCUACCUGACAGGGCUCUACGCAAGCCUCAUGGUCUACCGCCUCUUCCUAAAUCCCCUAAAUCGCUAUCCAGGUCCUUACGCCGCCCGCAUUUCCAGCCUCUGGUGGUCCUUCCAACUGGGCAAGUCCGACGGAUAUUUGAAGCUCAAAGACUUGCACGACGGUUAUGGCCCCAUUGUCCGCAUAGGUAGUUCCGACCUCUCCAUAAUCGACCCAGACUUCAUGGAACCAACGUUUGGCCUGCAUGCUCUAUCGAGUAAAUCCUACUGGUACGAUAACGACAAGCCGUAUAGCUCCAUGCACACCACACGAUCCAGGGCACUUCAUGACAAGCGAAGGAGGGUCUGGGCUCCUGCGUUCUCGGACAAGGCCUUGAGGGAUUAUGAGACGACAAUAGAUCGGUAUAACGAGACUCUCGUCCAGCGAAUCACGGACUUCCAUGGUGGGCCGGUGAACGUGAGGAAGUGGUUCAACCUCUGGUCUUUCGAUGUCAUGGGCCAGCUCGCUUUUGGGAAGGACUACGGAAUGCUGGAGUCCGGCGAGAAGCAUGCGGCUCUAGGGUUGCUGAGCGAAGGCAUGCAGCCUUUGGCUCUCAUGCUUCCGACUUGGAUGUUUCGAAUCCUGACGCAGAUUCCCUUUCUUGGUGCAGGUUUCCAAAAGUUUGUCAAGUUCUGUAUACAAGAAUUGAGCUGGAGGGUAGAGAAUGCAAAUGUUGUUGCGAAGGGCAAGGACGGACGGCUGGAUAUCAUGGGUUGGAUCCUGAAGGCUUACCAAGAUGUUGACAAGCCGCAACGGGAGACCUUGUUGCAAGCUGAUACUAGAUUGAUUAUCGUUGCUGGGUAUGCCACAGUGCUUAUGACUCGAUGA